AUGAGGCGGUUUAAUCCAGCUUGGUUUGAGAAGUAUGGUAAUUGGCUAGAGUACAUCGUCUCCAAAGAUAAAGCAUUCUGUUUGUGUUGCUAUUUGUUCAGAGAUGACAUACCAAAACAAGGUGGAAAUUAUGCUUUUGUGACUGAAGGUUUUUCUUGUUGGAAAAAACCCGAGGCUUUAUCUGAGCAUGUAGGUGGAAUUAAUAGCUUUCAUAAUAUUGCUGUUAAGAGAUGUGAUGAUUUGAUGAAUCAAGGAUUACCUUUUCGCGGUCAUGAUGAAGGAAAAGAUUCUGCUAGUAAAGGAAACUUUGUAGAGCUUUUGAAGUAUACCGGAGAACAAAAUGACGCUGUAAAACUGAAAUCUAUCAUGGAAGAAAUCGAUCAUGGAGUGUUCGGUUUGAUGGUCGAUGAGUCUGCAGAUGUUUCUAACAAAGAGCAAAUGGCUGUUGUCUUUCGGUUUGUUGAUAAAAGUGGAUUAGUAAAAGAGAGAUUUGUGGGAGUUACUCAUGUAAAAGAAACGUCUUCUUUAUCUCUGAAAUCUGCAGUUAAUGACUUGUUUGCAAAACAUGGGUUGAGCCUGAAACAGUUGAGAGGACAAGGUUAUGAUGGAGCAAUUGUGGCUUCUUGCAAGAGGAAAGAUACACUUCUUGAUAUGAAUCGAAAGAGGGUGGAGGAAGGGAUCGACAGUGGUGACAUUAACACUGGAACGGGACAAAAUCAAGAGAUUUCUCUUCCAAGGCCUGAAAAUACUCGUUGGGGUUCUCACUAUAAAACUUUGCUGCGUCUGGUUGAGUUGUUUCCUUCAGUCAUAGAAAUCCUUGAAAAGCUUAAUGAUCGAUUUACUGAGGUAAACACUGAUUUGCUUAUUUGCAUGGCUUCUUUAAGUCCUGCCAAUUCCUUCCGUCAGUUUGAUAAGUCAAAGCUGUUGAGAUUGGUUAAGUUCUAUCCAGAUGAUUUUAGCUUUGGAGAGCGUCUAUCUAUGGAACACCAUCUUGGAAUCUACAUUGACAAUAUAAGAAAUGAUGAACAGUUUAAGAAUUUGAAGAAUCUUGGAGAUCUUUCUCGUCUAAUGGUGGAAACAAAAAAGCACCUUGUACAUCCUUUAGUUUAUAGGCUCUUGAAGUUGGUUUUAACAUUGCAUGUUGCUACUGCAAGUGUUGAAAGGUGCUUUUCUGCAAUGAAAUUAGUGAAGACAGCCACACGCAACCGAAUUGGAGACGAGUUUUGUUUAGUAUGUUAUAUUGAAAAGGAGUUGUUUGAAUCUGUUACAAAUGAAACAGUGGUGAACCGAUUUCAAUCCAUGAGAGAGCGUAGGAUCCAUUUGUAA